GACGGUAUUCCUUGACGCAUUGAGAAGGGAGUUGUUUGUAUACAACUGCUCCAGAAAAAAAUACGAAGGCUUUUUUACAGCAGUUAGAUGUAGUCGAACUUUUGUUUCCUCAAAAGUAUGGAGUCUCGUGAUGGUUUUAAGAGCGCAUAAAUCAUAUUCUCAAGAGCUGUUAUUGCUGUGAAAUAUAGUGGAGCCGUUACACAGAGGUGUUGGCUGUGGGCGCCUAGGAGGACACAUGGCAGAAGAAGGGAACAAGCUGACGCUGAGGCGCCUGGAAGUACCAAUCCACAAGUUCAUUAAAGUUGCCCUGCCCACAGACCUGGAGAGACUGCAGCAGCACUGCAAUAACAUACAGAAGUACCAGCGCAACCAGCAAUGGGAUCGCCUUCAUCAGGAGCAUAUUAAUGCCAGCAGAACUGUUCAGCAGCUGCGAGCUAACAUCAGAGAGAUGGAGAAGCUGUGCGGUCGGGUACGUGCCGAAGACGCCGCGGCUCUGGAAGCGCUAGUGAAGCCAAUCAGAGACCGAGCGUCAGCCGCUGCACGAGACUUCCUGCUGGUGCACUCCAACCCACCUCAGCCCACCCCUGAACCGCCACCUGCUACAGACCCGUCCAGCUGUGCAUCCAGUAGCUGCCACGCUGUUGAUGACUUGGGCGAGGAAUCGUUGUCCGGCAGGCAGACGCAGCUCUACCUUCCAGAAAUCCCAGCUGAUCAGAGUGCAGCUGAGUCCUGGGAUAACCUGGAAGAGGACCUGAAGGAGCUGAGUGGCUUGGUGACAGAGUUCUCUCUACUUGUCCAUUCCCAGCAGGAGAAGAUUGACAGCAUAGAGGACAACGUCAACACAGCCGCAGCCAACGUGGAGGAGGGGACCAAGAGCCUGGGGAAGGCGCUGGGAUACAAGUUGGCGGUGUUGCCGAUUGCCGGGGCUCUGCUGGGCGGUGCAUUAGGAGGUCCACUUGGCCUGCUGGCUGGGUUCAAAGCCGCAGGGGUGGCUGCCGCUGUGGGAGGAGGCGCCCUGGGCUUUGCGGGCGGUAACUUGGUCCAGAAGCACCGGCAAGCUAAAGUGGAUCUGCAAAUGAAACAACUGACAGCACCGCCAUUAGAAGAACCCGAACUAAAAAAAGACAAAUGAUCCAACUGGCUUUGGUCAGUUGCUGAGGCCCUGGUGCGGACUGACCAAUGAAAAGCACAAACUACCCCUUCGAGUCUCAAAGAAACUCAUUAUGAGACGCUGUCACUGAGCAUUGCCGUUACCAAGCACUGUAACAAUUGUGUAAUAACAGCCUUAAUGAAGAGUCAGAUAUGUUGUUCGGGUGUGAAUGGUACGUCUGUGGGGACUUUAAACACAGCAGAACAGCAGUCAGUAACACUACACUGGUAAUGUAAAAUAGCUGUAAAAUCAGGUCUUUGACUGUUGCACUAAUCCUAAACUUUAUCACUUCUUCUAGCCCAAGCAUUCUGUCCACUCUUGUAACUAAAAGCACACUUAGUUAUUGUUCCUUAUUUUUAUCUCAUUAUUCUUCAUCUGCUGUGCUUUCUCGUUUAGAAGCAACCAUAUUUCUGUACUUCUGUAUGGGUAAAGAAAUGUGGACAAUCGUUUAACGAUGAUUGUAAAUUAACGUGAAACUGCCGAGUUAUAAAAAAUAGUAUUUUCUAUUUAUGCAGCAAAAGAAGUGCCAAAGUCCAACUUCACGGCCUGUGUGUAAAGUUGUGUCAAUUUGUUUCUGCUGCCGCCAAAUAAAA